CAGUGACAGUGUCCACUCCUGCUGGAACUGUUGAUCCGAGUUGGGUAACGUUAGCUUGUUGCUGAGGGAGUCUGUCAAUCGCUUCUUAUCUUGUUCAACGAGUCGUGCCAAAUAGUAGCACAUGCUACAAACUGAUGCCCUGGUCAGUGAGUCCAGAUGCAUGAGUCUGGGUCAGAGCAGACAACCUGCACCAGUCCAGCCAAUCAGACAGAGAAUGGGGACAGUGCUGAAAGGGAUGAUUGGCUGAGCACUCAGACUCCAACUCCAGAGGGUUCCGGGGCUGACAGCCAGCAGCAAAACCAGGUUCCAGUCUCAGUGUCUAUGAUGACACCUCCGGUGGAGACUCUUCAGCAGACACUGCAGCAGGUCCUCAAUCCACAGCAGAUCCAGGCCCUGCUCCAGCAGCAGAAAGCACUCAUGUUACACCAGCAACACAUACAGGACCUCUGCAAGAAACAGCAGGACCAGUUCAACGCCCAGCUCCUACAGCAGAAGCAUGCUGAGAAGUCAGAGCAAGAGCAGCUAACAGCCCAGCACAUGGUCAUCCAGCAGCAGUUCUUGCAAGUCCAACAGCAGCACCUCCUCAGCCUCCAGAGACAGGGUCUCCUGUCUGUCCUGCCCUCCAUGAGCCCCUCUACAGCUCAGGGUUUAGUGAAAGGGUGUGAGUAUAGUACUAGCCUGCCCUCUGGUGGUGAGUAUCCAGCCACUUUUCAGAAGAACCUGCUCCACAGCCAGCAGUCCACCACUAAUGGGAAUCAUAAAUCACAGCCCCUAAAGAAGAAAGACAGUGGUCCUGUGGAUGAUCACACACAAAACACUCACCCUCUAUAUGGACACGGCAUGUGCAAAUGGUCUGGCUGUGAGGCGGUCUUUGGAGACUUUCAGGCUUUUCUCAAACAUCUGAACAGUGAACAUACACUGGAUGACAAGAGUACAGCACAGUGUCGAGUGCAGAUGCAGGUUGUUCAGCAGCUAGAACUGCAGUUGAAAAAAGACAGAGAGCGUCUGCAAGCCAUGAUGUCUCACCUCAAAUCCUCUGAGCAAAUGUCAAAACCAGCAACACCAACAGUGGAUCUUAUGCCCAACGUUGCCUUCUCCCAGGUGACAUUUCCCAAGGUGCUUCCUCCCAUGAGCUUGUCUCAAAGUGCCACUGCUCCUUCCACACCCCUGACACCUCCCCCGACCUCCUCUAUCAUCACUCCCAACACCCUGCUCACUGUGAGCCCUGGGAGGAGACGGUACUCAGACAAGUACAGCAAGAACAUGAAUCAAGAUAUUGUUCAGAAUAAAGAGUUCUACAUCAGUACGGAAGUUAGACCACCAUUUACAUAUGCAGCUCUAAUAAGACAGGCAAUAUUUGAAUCACCCUAUAAGCAGCUGACACUAAAUGAAAUCUACAAUUGGUUCACACAAACGUUUGCAUAUUUCAGACGCAAUGCAGCAACAUGGAAGAAUGCAGUGAGACACAACCUCAGCCUCCACAAGUGUUUUGUGCGAGUGGAGAAUGUAAAAGGAGCUGUGUGGACAGUUGAUGAGAUGGAGUUUCAGAGGAGAAGGCCCCAGAAGCCUGCCGGUGAAGGAUCUUUCAGAAGAGAGAACACUGGCCAUGGUCACAGCUCAGCUUCCCUUACACCUAAGGCUGAAUGGCUAGAUAGUAGUAUACCUCCAUUCAACCCAGCUUCCAUAGGCGCUCCCUCUCUGAGCUCUCUGCCCUAUAUGUUCCAGCAGGAGGAGAUGAAUACAACUCUCUGGUAUGGGAAUGGAUCCUACAGUGACAGCAGUGAAGAGCAGUACCCUAUGCACCCCCUCGUAAAAGAAGAGCUAAUGGACGAGGAGGCAUAUGAGAAUGUGCCCCAUGACUGUUCUGAGACUGAGAGCUCUGAUGAGCACAGCUCAGAUGUGGACCAAGACGAAGAUGGCGGUAGCCCAGAAAGACCCAACCUGCAGCUGGCUCAUGUGCCUUCGCAAUGAAAGAGAGAAUGCAUUCCAAACUGUCAAUUUCCACUGCACUCCCACAUUGGAAAACUAUGAAAUAUACCAAAUGACUUGGUAGAACUAUUUCAUAUCAAGUGACUAUUUAUUGAGGAUAUUUUAUGCUCUGUUGUACUGGCAUCGUUUGUACUGGGUAUUAUCCACCCGAGCUCACACUGAAGACAACAGAACCUAUUAUUGUAACACCGCUUGUCCUCAAAUAAUGUAUUCGUAUUGGCUUAUUGUGAGGCAGUACAACCAAUGAUGAAGCCCUAUGGGGAGCUGGUUCAGUGAUGCAGAGUUAUGUUUUUUCUUCAAUGUCUUUUGUUUCACUCUUUCAUGAAUGUGUAUAUUUAAUAACCAGAGCAUUGGCAAUAUUUAUGGACAGCACUUCAUGAAGAUGAAUGUUUGUUUUCUCCCACAAACGUGUUUAUUUUUUACCUAUGUGAGUACCAGACAACCUCCAGAUAGUAAUCCUGUGUUCCGUUUGUGACAUGACAUCAUUGAUAAUUGGUUACUUUUACACUGCCAAAAAUAUGAUUUACACUACCGUUCAAAAGUUUGGGAUCACUUAGAAAUGUCCUUUUUUACAUUUGAAAUAACAUCAAAUUGAUCAGAAAUACAGUGUAAACCUUGUUAAUGUUGGUAAUGACUAUUGUGGAUGGAAAGGGCAGAUUUUUAAGUGAAAAUCUACAUAGGCCCAUUAUCAGCAACCAUCACUCCUGUGUUCCAAUGGCACGUUGUGUUAGCUAAUCCAAGUUUAUAAUUUUAAAAGGCUAAUUGAUCAUUA